CUUGAGAAUCUCACUCUCCACUAACUUCACCAAAAUGGUAGCCUUCAACACUUUCUCUAAGCUCUGUGUAGUGGUGGCAUUGGGACUGUCUGCCAUUGCCACUUCUACUGAGGUAGCCCAGGAACAGCCCAAGAAGGAAUCGUUCGUUAGCAGAUUCUUCGGUAAGAAUGAGAAAUCUGCCACUAAAUCUCAUUACAUAUCGGAACCGAAAAAGAUUACAACUCAAGAAAACACUGAUACAGCACAUCUACUUAUGUUCCCUCUUGAAUGGUAUCUGUUACCGUAUCCCAUAAACAGAAAAUAUCUCCUAAAAGCGUUGCCAUUUGAUUUGGCCAAAAAAGUUCCAGAGGACUGUAAUGAACCAAUAGAUCCCAAGGUGGAAGAGCGUAUUAGAGAGUUUUUCUUAUUCAGUGUGUAACAUCGCAAGUUAACACGCAUAUCUUGUUAUGGUU